AUGUAUGAUUCAUUGUUCUUUCUCGAAACUAGUCCAACAUUCCAAAAUGGACAUACGGUCGAUUAUGGGCUUUAUUUUAAAACUGCCGUAAUGAACGUAAUCGAGAAUUUCCCGGUUUCCAUUAUGGAACUAGUUCCACAAGUAAUUGAAAAUCGUUAUUAUAAAAUAUGGAGUAAUUCGACCAUCGAUACGUCUGGGUUUAUCUAUGAAGAUAGAUUUGAUCCACUCAAUCCAGAGAAUGAUCUUCUUGACAAAAACGAUGAUGGAGGAUCUGACCUUCAAUUUCAAUUUGAAAUUCCUCUUUAUAAUGGUACGAAGUAUAUAUUAGUUGUCACGACAUAUCAUCCGGCGAACACUGGUCAGAUCGAAAUUCAUAUGUCGGGCUUGAAGAAUGUUCUUUUCACCCGUGCUUCUAAAUCAAUGAACAUACGAUCGAAUUAUUCAUCUGCAUUGACGACGAGUAGUCCAAAAUAUUGUCGAGACUAUCUCACACGAAGUUAUUAUUUUGAAACAUUGCAAAUCAAUGUAAUGAAAACAGACUCAUAUGACAUUUGGAGUGAAAGUGAAAUCGAGACGUAUGGUUAUCUUUACAAAGAUGAUUUUGAUUCAUUGCAACCAUUUGCCAAUUUAAUUGCUGAGCAUAGUGGCAAAUGUAAUAAUCAUCAAUUGAAGUUCAAUAUUCAUCUUCGAGCAAAUACAAAAUACGUUUUAGUUGUUACAACGUAUCAUCCAAAUGAAACAGGAAAAUUCAAUAUUUUGAUAUCCGGUGACAAUGAUGUUACUAUCGAAUAUUUUGACUCGAAACAACGAAGUUGUUCGGUGGGAGAUCGAUGUCAUUUCUAUUCUACAACCAUCGGUUUACCACUUGAUGAUAUUUUACGAGGUGAAAUUCGAGACAAUGUCACACUAUCAAAUCAAUCAAAUUCUAUUGGAAUUAGUUCGGCCAUUACUAUUCUAAUGUUUAUCGGAGGGAUGAUCAAUAGUCUUUUUUCUUAUUUAACAUUUCAAAAUAAAGAUACUCGACAAGUUGGAUGUGGAUUGUACCUUUUGGCAUCAUCGAUCACUUCUCUGCUGACUAUUUCGAUGUUCUUAAUCAACUUUUGGUUUGCAGUUCUUACUCAAAUCAAUCCACGGACUAGUUUUUCGAUUCUUCGUGGUGGUUGUAUCCUUAUUGAACCUAUUCUAAAACUUUUUCUCUAUUGUGAUAGUUGGUUCAGUGCUUGUGUUGCAAUUGAACGAGCUAUACAAGUUUUCAAGGGUGUUCGAUUUGACAAAAACAAAAGCAAACGUUUUGCGCGAUGGAUCAUUUUCAUUUUACCAUUGUGUAUCAUAGCAAGUCUCAUUCAUGAAUCAUUACAUCGAGAAAUGUUUAAAUAUGAAACUGAAACUAACAGAACUUAUCUUAAUAAUGAUAAAAGCACCAUAAAAGAUGAAUUUGAAUCGGAAAACAAUAAGACAUCCAUCAAUACGAUCUAUCAAAGUAUAAUCAAUCCACAUAUUUCGUGUGUUACUCGUUAUUCAUCAUCUAUUCAAAUUUAUAACAUAGUUAUUUUAUAUUUUCAUCUUCUCGUUCCAUUCAUUGCUAAUUUAUUUUCCGCUUUAUUUAUUAUAUUUGGAUCUGCUCGACAGCGAUCAGUUGCACAAACAGAUCAAACGUAUAUAGAACAUGUUCGUCAACAGUUCCACGAACAUAAACAAUUAAUUAUUAGUCCGAUCGCCUUAUUAAUCUUAUCGAUGCCUCGUUUGAUCGUUUCUUCAUUACCUGGAUGUAUCAGAACAUCUGAAAACUUGUGGUUGUAUCUUAUUUCCUAUUUCUUUUCAUUCGCACCAUCAAUACUGAUUUUCGUAGUGUUUGUUGUACCUUCAAAGACAUAUAUGAACGCAUUUAAGAGCUUGCUGGAUUCUUGGCGACGUCGAAUCCAUCAAUAA